CGGUUGUCGGUGCUGAGGCGCGCGGGCGGGGGAGGGAGGAGGAGGAAGAGGCAGGAGCCCCUGCCGCCGUUGCGCAGAUCCGGGCUAGAGCUGAGGAGAGGGCGAUCGGAGCGUGUGACCUUCCGGAGGAGGGAGCGCAGGCCCAGGCUUCCUGAGGCGAACCGACCGCCGCCAUGAACAGCUCGGGCGCCGAUGAGAUCGGGCAGGGGACGGCUCCUCACGGACUUUUGGGCCAGAGGCAAGAGGAACCGCUCGCCCCCAACCCCGAAGCCCGGUGAAGACAUGAGAAGCAGCAGAGGAGACAGCACAAAAAGCUCUUCGUGGGUGGCCUGGAUUGGAGCACAACACAAGAAACGCUACGCAGCUACUUUUCCCAGUAUGGAGAAGUUAUAGACUGUGUAAUAAUGAAAGAUAAAACAACAAACCAGUCUCGAGGUUUUGGGUUUGUCAAAUUUAAAGAUCCUAACUGUGUGGGAGCAGUACUGGCCAGCAGACCUCAUACAUUAGAUGGCCGAAAUAUUGAUCCAAAGCCAUGCACACCCCGGGGAAUGCAGCCGGAGAGAACAAGGCCAAAGGAAGGAUGGCAGAAAGGACCUAGGAGCGAUAACAAUAAAUCAAAUAAAAUAUUUGUUGGUGGGAUCCCUCACAAUUGUGGCGAGACUGAGCUCAGGGAGUACUUCAAGAAAUUUGGAGUGGUCAGUGAAGUUGUAAUGAUCUAUGACGCAGAGAAGCAGAGGCCCCGAGGUUUUGGAUUUAUUACUUUCGAGGACCAACAAUCAGUGGACCAGGCUGUCAACAUGCAUUUUCACGACAUCAUGGGCAAAAAAGUGGAGGUCAAACGGGCCGAACCUCGAGAUAGUAAAAGCCAACCUCAAGGACAGCCGGGAACCAACCAGUGGGGAAGCAGGAUUGUGCCAAAUGCUGCUAAUGGGUGGGCGGGUCAGCCCCCUCCUACCUGGCAACAGGGUUACAGCCCACAAGGAAUGUGGGUGCCAGCAGGACAAGCGAUUGGUGGAUACGGACCGCCUCCCACAGGAAGGGGAGCCCCACCUCCUCCCCCACCUUUUACCUCGUACAUAGUGUCUACGCCACCAGGAGGAUUUCCACCUCCACAGGGGUUCCCUCAGGGUUAUGGCACCCCUCCUCAGUUUAGUUUUGGCUAUGGGCCCCCACCGCCUCCACCAGAUCAGUUUGCCCCUCCGGGAGUGCCUCCUCCACCUGCUACUCCUGGGGCAGCACCACUAGCUUUCCCACCACCGCCAACUCAGGCAGCUCAGGACUUGAGUAAGCCUCCAACGGCCCAGCCAGAUUUCCCUUAUAGCCAGUAUGCAGGUUACGGACAAGACUUGAGUGGCUUUGGACAGGGUUUCUCAGAUCCCAGCCAGCAACCUCCCUCCUACGGAGGACCCACGGUACCAGGAUCGGGUGGCCCACCUGCGGGAGGAAGUGGUUUUGGACGAGGACAGAACCAUAACGUUCAAGGAUUUCACCCUUAUAGACGCUAGCCCGGCUCGAAAUCAGGGAAUUCUGUCCACAAUGGGAUAUCUGGUACCAGCUGAAACCGGGAAUUCCAAACUUGGGAACUUGUGACAAUCACAUGAUGGAAAAAACAACAACAACAACCUAAUGUUUCGUUUGGGGGGUAGGUUGGGAGGUUGGGGGGAAGGGGGGGCGGAGGAAAGCAAAGCUGUGGGUGUUUGGACUGCCAUUUUUAAAUCUCUUCCUUUCUCUAACCCAUCAGCACAAAAUAUAUCACUGGUUCAAACUACAGGGUUUUAAAGAAAAGUCUUCAGCUUUAAUUCAAAACUUCAGGUUUCUUUUUUUUUUCUUUUUUUUUUUCUUGGUUUGUUUCCUUUGGAAUUUUUUUUCCUGAGCCUUUGUUUUACUGAAUAUUGUAAACUUUUAUGUUGAAAGAAAAAAAUAUACAUUUACAGAUUUGUGAAAUUUUUAAGAUAAAUUUUCUACUAUGUAUGCUGGUUUAUUUUUUAAUUUAAGACAGGGUUUCCGUUGGCAUUGGUGGAAGCAAGGGCCGGUUUUCACCCCUUCUCCUCGCUGUUGGGGCUGGAGCCUGUUGGUCCAGAGACUCUGGGAGUUUGAAAAAGAAAUCUACUGAGUGUGUAUAUGUUUGUGUUACCCGACUCUCUAAUCGGUAGCAUCUCAGCUGCAGAUGUGUUGAUGCACGGGGUCACUUAUGGAGCACGGCGUUUUGAUCCGGGCUUUUAAAGCUUUCAAAUCCGGUUUGUGGAUUUCAUUGGGGGUUAACGGAGGCCUUGUUAAAGAUGUAGAUUUCCCUCAGGCAAAAGGUUUUUGGUGCAUUUUGCACUAACCAGUGAUUACCCCUGGUUUGAAUAAAGAGAAGUACAUUUGGAUUAGAAACACAA